CUGCUCAUGUUGCCUUUGGUUGACUACACUGCAGCUGGGCGGUCCUUUAACUGCACAAGCUACAAAGUCACUAGAGAACAAAGUUUGAAAUGAGUGCCUGCUAAACCGGUGCAACGCACACUGAGCGCGCGAUCAAUAAUGGAUUCAGCCAAGCGGGAUGAACACAUGAGCGAGCACGCCGCCAAUCUACUAGGGACAGGACAGCAGUCCAAACGGACACAAAGCGCCACAAAAACAAAGUCAAGAUACUUGAAAAUCCUCUGUGCGGUCCUUCUGCUUGCCUUGCUGGCUUUAAUUCUCACAAUCAUAUUUAUACUCAAACUCCGUUGCAGUGAUAAAGUUACUGAUAGCUGUAGAAAUCGCUGCUUGUCCGAAAGGCAUGACUCUAAUGCAGUGUGCCAUUGUGAUUCUGCGUGUGAAAAUGAAGGCACCUGCUGUCUGGACUAUAAGGAAGUGUGUGUGGAACCAAGCCAGCGCUGGACGUGUUCUAAAUUCCGCUGCGGUGAAGAGCGUUUGCUGAACAGUCUCUGCUCCUGUUCUGAAGACUGUGUGAAAAAGGGUGACUGCUGCUUCAACUACAAGCACACAUGUGAAGGUGAAAAACCUUGGCUUGAAGAGGACUGUGAGGACAUCAGGACUCCUCAAUGUCCUGCUGGAUUUUCUAAACCACCGCUGCUUCUGGUGUCUCUCGAUGGAUUCAGGGCAGGAUACAUGAAAGCGUACAGCACCCUGCUUCCUGUCAUCAGCAAACUCAGGAAAUGUGGGACGUCCACUCCGUAUAUGCGACCUGCUUAUCCCACCAAGACCUUCCCAAAUCAUUACACCAUAGUGACAGGUCUAUAUCCAGAAUCCCAUGGAAUUGUGGACAAUAAGAUGUAUGAUGUCACUCGCAAUGCCUCUUUCAGUUUAAGGGUAGAUGAGAAAUUCAACCCGGCGUGGUACCUGGGUGAACCAGUUUGGCUCACAGCCAUGAAAAACAAACUAAAAACAGCUACUUUCUUCUGGCCUGGAUCUGAUGUGGAAGUCAGUGGACAAUACCCAGAUUACUGGGUGAAGUAUGACAGGAACAUCUCCUUUGAAAAGAGGAUUGCAAAAAUCUUUGAAUGGUUGCAUUUACCUGAAGGAAAAAGACCAGACUUCUACACCUUAUACUUCGAAGAGCCUGAUGCUUCGGGUCAUCGAUAUGGACCAAUGAGUAACCAGGUACUUGAGGCCUUACUGAAUGUUGACAAACUUAUUGGGCUGUUGAUGGAGGGUCUCAAGCAGAGAAAGUUGCAUAAAUGUGUUAACCUAAUUCUGGUCUCUGACCACGGAAUGGAAGAAGCGUCUUGUAAGAAAGCUGUGUUUAUCUCCAAUUAUCUGGAUAACAUCGAUGACAUCACUGUCAUCCAGGGUCCUGCAGCGAGAGUCCGGCCCAAACAUUUGCCUGAUGAAUUCUUCUCAUUUGAUUAUGAAGGUCUGGUGAAGAAUCUUUCGUGCAGAGAACCUGAUCAGCCGAUGAGGCCGUAUCUGAAGGAGCAUCUGCCCAAACGGCUUCACUUUGCCAAAAGUAUCCGUAUAGAGAGAGCACAUCUCUACAUGCAGCCCGGCUGGCAAGCAGCACUCAAACCAAGCGAAAUUAAAUACUGCACUGGCGGAUUCCAUGGUUCAGAUAAUGUCUUCAAGAACAUGCAGGCCAUUUUUAUCGGACAUGGACCAGGUAUCCUUUCUAAGACGACUGUGGUUCCCUUCGAGAACAUUGAAGUCUACAACCUUCUAUGUGAUUUGCUAGGUAUUCCUCCUGCGCCCAAUAACGGCACCCAUGGAAGUUUAAACCAUCUGCUGAAGAACCCACCGCACCAGCCGGUGUUUCCUGCAGAGCGCUCGGCACCAUCGACCUGCACCCCUGUUGGCGGUUCCUCACAAGACCCCCACGGCUGCACCUGUGACUCCCUCACUCAGGCUGAGGUGAACCGUCUGAACCAGCGUCUCAUCGACUCAAAUUCUCAAAACUUUAAUGUGAAGCCUGUUCAUCUGCCGUACGGGAUCCCGCGUGUUCUUCAGGAGCAGUCAGAUUACUGUAUACUUCACCACCGUGAAUACGUCAGCGGAUACAGCAGAAACAUCCUAAUGCCCCUUUGGGUGUCAUACUCUUUGAAUGCAACGGUGAGAAUCCAGCCCUCAGGAGACAAAUGUGUGCGUGCAGAUGUACGUGUGCAAGCCAGCGCAAGACAGUCCUGCUCAUUCUAUAAGAACAAUUCCACUCUGACCUUUGGCCUCCUGCAUCCGCCCAACUUCAGUCCUACAGGAAGUGAGCCAGACUCCUUAAUUACAAGCAACAUGGUGCCUAUGUUUCCUGCUUUCAAAGAUAUUUGGAAUCGCUUUCACGAUGUUCUGCUGGUGAAGUAUUCACAAGAGCUGAAUGGAGUCAAUGUUGUAAGCGGACCAAUAUUUGACAGCGACUUUGAUGGGAACUAUGACUUCAUGAACAAGGGAACCCCGAACAGGGCUCCCAUCCCUACACAUUUCUUUGUGAUUCUUACAAGUUGUGGGAACUCGUCUCUUCCUGUCCGACAGUGUGACGGUCCUCUAGAUGCAGUGUCUUACGUACUUCCUCAUCGACCUGAUAAUCUGGAAAUGUGUCAUAAUGGCUCGGACUACUCAUGGUUCCACAAUUGGGCUCAGCUUCACGUGGCGCGCAUCAGAGACAUUGAGCUUCUGACGGGCUUGAGUUUUUAUCAUGACCGGAUAUCUGUUGCUGAAACAUUACAACUCAAGACUACACUCAAAACUUUCUAGAAACCUCAGUGAACUUAGACCUCAUUUCUCUGCGUCUGCAGGCCACAAACAGCACAUUCAGAAUGGAGCGGAUCUUUUUUUUUACCUUUGAAACACACAGCUAAGCUUUACCAGGCACAAGUUUGUCCAGAGAGUCUUUGAAAGGGGAAAAUAAAAAAUUUUUAUGAUCUCUGUGAUCUAUUUAUAUCUGGGGAAGUACUGACUGUAUGAGAACCAGGCCCAGAAAUCCUAGAGUAACUAAAAUACGCCAUUUCCAAAAAAUAAAAAACUGUUUUUCAGCACACAUAUGCUAGUGAUUUAACUGUGGUUAGAUUGUCAGCCUGUUCCAAAAAGAAAGAGUAUCCUAAAAAGAAA